UGAAGCGGCGGUGGCCGGAGGGUCGGGUCGGAUGCCGGUUCGGGGGCACCGCUGAGGAUCCGGACCUCGGGGACAGGUCCGAGCGGCCCCGCCGCGCCCAGUCCCCUCCGGGCCGCGACGCCGCGGGCACGAUGAAGGUGUUGGGGCCCGAGGGCUUGGCAGGCGGCGAGGGGCUGCAGCUCUUCGGGUUGCUGAAGCUCUACCUCGAGCAGGAACCGCGAUUCCAACCGCGAGAGAAGGGGCUGAGCCUGAUCGAGGCGACCCCGGAGAAUGAUAACACUUUGUGUCCAAGAUUGAGAAAUGCCAAAGUAGAAGAUUUAAGGAGUUUAACAAACUUUUUUGGAUCUUGCACUGAAACUUUUGUCCUGGCUGUCAAUAUUUUGGAUAGAUUCUUGGCUCUUAUGAAGGUGAAACCUAAACAUUUGUCUUGUAUUGGAGUGUGUUGUUUUUUGCUGGCUGCUAGAAUAGUUGAAGAAGAAUGCAAUAUUCCAUCUACUCAUGAUGUAAUCCGGAUUAGUCAGUGUAAAUGCACUGCUUCUGACAUAAAGCGGAUGGAAAAAAUAAUUUCAGAAAAAUUGCACUACGAAUUGGAAGCUACUACUGCCUUAAACUUUUUGCACUUAUAUCAUACUAUUGUAUUUUGUCAUACUUCUGAAAGGAAAGAAAUACUUAGCCUUGAUAAACUGGAAGCUCAGUUGAAAGCUUGCAACUGUCGACUUACCUUUUCAAAAGCAAAACCAUCUGUAUUAGCUUUGUGCCUUCUCAAUUUGGAAGUAGAAACCUUGAAAUCAAUUGAAAUACUGGAAGUUCUCCUGCUUGUUAAAAAACAUUCCAAGGUUAAUGAUAGUGAAUUCAUUUACUGGAGGGAAUUAGUUUCUAAAUGCCUAGUGGAAUAUUCUUCCCCCGAAUGUUGCAAACCAGAUCUUAAGAAAUUGGUUUGGAUUGUUUCAAGGCGCACAGCCCAGAAUCUCCACAAUAGCUACUAUAGUGUUCCUGAGCUGCCAACAAUACCAGAGGGAGGUUGUUUUGAUGGAAGCGAAAGUGAAGACUCUUGUGAAGACAUGAGCUCUGGAGAAGAGAGUCUCAGCACCUCUCCUCCCAGUGAUCAGGAGUGCGCUUUCUUUUUCAGCUUCAAAGUGGCACAGACACUGUGCUUCCCAUCAUAGGAAUCUCAUUGUGUCAGAAUUUAAGGUGUGUGUACAGGUUUCAAAGCAAUAAAUGGGGGAGUAGGCAGUUUUCUCGUCCAGCCCCCACCUAGGCAAGAGAUGCAUAGACUGGAAUACCUACCUUCUAUUUAUUAUUCAGAUAAGAUCUGGCCUAUUUUCAUAUUUAAUCCUAAGCCAUCAAAUGGGUUAGUGCCUCUUAAACAGUUAACAAUACUUUGGACAUUGGCACUUUAUAUAUAUUUUUUUCAUUGAUCUUUUAACUACUUGGGGGGAGGAGGGAAGGUACUGAAACCUUCAAUUUAUUACUUUUCAAGAAGAUUUUUUAAAAUGAAUAGUUUAAAUUUUUUAUAAAGCUUUCAGGUGUCUUUAUUUAAACACAUAAGGAGUGUGCAAGUGCUUCCUUAGCAGGGACAAUGGAAAAUCCUUUAAUGGCUUAUGUUCUCCCUCUCCUCCAUUCUCAGAAUAGAGAAUACUCUCUCAAAUGUCAAACAUUUAUCUUUGUUUAUUUUAAAUGAUCAUUGUACUAUCUGAUGCAGACUAUAUAAAUUUUGGAAUCAUAAUACGAACAUUUCUGUGAAUUUUAGUAUUAUGUCUUAAUUAAGGUUUCUGCUAAAGCAGAAAUAAUUGUCAGGCUAGGGUCGUUAGGUAAUUGCAUUCUUAAUGCCUAAGUAUUGUCAGACUAGUAUUAUUUUAAUGUUAUUAAAACAGUCCAUAAUCUUCUAGUUUUGCAUGCACUUGUAUGAAAGCAGUGCAGGAAGUUGAACAGAACUAGGUAACUAUGGAAUUGAUAAACGUUGCUCUACUAGUAUAUGUGAUCACUUUUUUUAUAUAUAUAUAUUAAAGUCUGCAUGGUUAGCUUUUAUUUCCUUUGUAAUUCACAUUUCAGAAAUAGUGGUAUUAGCAUAUGGGUGCCAAGAAUGAAUAUGAAGUUGAAAUAAAACUGUUGGUAGUAUUAUAGUUUUAAACUUAUCUCCGGUUGUAUAGCCAUAAGAAUAUGGACAUAUAAACUCUACACAUGUGAUUUUGUGCAGAGAAUUUUUUUAAUUUUAUAAGCUGUGUAAAAAAAUGUAAAUCUUUAAAAUGUACAUAAAAUAAUGUAUUUUUUUACUUUGUGUGUUAGUCUAGUCAUUGCAUGUAAAUAUAAAUUAUUGUGUAUUCAUUAUUCUAACUCCUACAUUAAUAACUCUUACUGGUAAAUCAGCAUCCACUGGAUGUUUAUUGCAGUGGUUCUUUUUGAAGUAAUGAUAGAUUGCAACUCAAAAUUAAAAGAUUAAUGAAUUGUA